AUUAGCCUACUCUUAAAUUAUUUGGGGUCUUUUUUUUUUCACCCGACAUUUGAUUUAAUUUAUUUUCAAUUCCGGAUUGUUUUGAUGGAGCCACAUUCCGUUCGACUACAGUUUUGAUGUUUAACAACUUUUAUUGUCGAAACAAACAGAAUUGGUCAUGUGGGCUGUGUGCCAAAUGGAGGCGCGACAUGUUGUCCAGGUCACCGUAAAAAUACAAAACAAAUAAUUAAUCCUUUCUAACAGCUCUUAUCUUUAUUCUUAAAAUGCAACUUUCCUUGUUGAUAUACAGUUCUCUGGAGUCGCGCGGCGUUUCUGAGAUCUUGAUAAUCUCCAAACGGGACAUUUAAAAGUUCCUUCUGCUUGUGAUUCACUCGAGCUUCUUGCGGUCAAGCGUGCGGUCUUGUAAUCAUGGCAGGCAUCGCCAAAUGUCUCAUUUACGUGUUUAUAGGGUUUCUAAUAACUAUGAGAUCGGGAGUUAAAGCAGAGUCGCUGCACAAGGUUUUCUUGAAGGAUAUUGUUGCGGUUUACGGAGAAAACGGUUCACUGGACCUCAAAGGAAUUAACAGUUUAUUGCACACAAUUGUGCAAGAAAAGACUCUGGAUUUGAACAUUCCUGCACAUGCUCAGCGUGUGUCUGGGGAAGAUAUCUUGGUCCACUAUGGUCUUCAGAACCUCACCCAUCUGAUAGAGGAACAUCUGGUCACUAUCUGCCCUGCCCUGCUCAACCAGGCUGUACUGCCACCCUGUUCAACUGAAACUCCAGGACUCACCAACAUUGACCCCCAUGUGUGGGGAUAUGGCUUCCUGGCUGUUACUGUUAUCAACCUGGCAUCAUUGCUGGGUCUGGCUCUCAUUCCUUUAACUAAAAAAGCCUACUUCCCCAAAGUGCUCACCUAUUUCAUUGGUCUGGCUAUUGGCACGCUCUUCUCUAAUGCUGCUCUCCAGCUUAUACCCGAGGCCCUUGGGUUUGACCCAAAAGUAGACAGUUACGUCCUCAAAGCCAUUGGGAUCUUUGGUGGAUUCUACGUGCUUUAUUUCACAGAGAAAAUUCUGAAGAUCAUCCUAAAGACAGAAUAUGAGCAUGGACAUGGACACAGUCACUUCCACCCCACAGAGAAUGUUCAGCAGAAUGGCGUCAACAUUAUGGCAGAACCUGAUUUCAACUUUGCCAGUAGCGAAAAGGCCAGCAUAACAUCUGACUCCCCAGUCAAACAGGGGUCCUGCAGAUGGCUCAGAGGCAGAGAGCUGUCCGGUGUGAAGACGGUGGCAUGGAUGAUCUCGCUGAGUGACGCUCUGCACAACUUUAUCGAUGGACUGGCCAUCGGAGCCUCGUUCACUGUGUCUAUUCUCAACGGCUUUAGCACAUCUAUCGCUAUCGUCUGUGAGGAGUUCCCUCACGAGCUGGGUGACUUCGUCAUACUGCUGAAUUCAGGGUUGAGUGUUCCACAGGCCAUCUUCUUCAAUCUGCUGUCUGCUAUGUCCUGCUACGUGGGUCUGGUCCUGGGCAUCCUGUUGGGCAGCACUUUUGCCCCAAACGUCAUCUUUGCUUUUGCUGGUGGCAUGUUCCUCUACAUUUCCUUGGCCGAUAUGUUCCCAGAAAUGAACCUGAUUGCUAGAGAACAUGUGCAGAGCACAAGGACAGAUGUCAUUUUUUUUGUGAUCCAGAACGCUGGACUGCUGACAGGAUUUGCCAUUAUUCUGCUUAUAACCAUGUUUGCUGGGGACAUUAACCUAGGCUGAGCUACAUGUCCACCCUGCCCUUAAACAGAUGUUCUCAAUUGGUUUGGCUUCAGGACCCAUAUUUUACAUUGCAAAUUAAGUGGCAACCCAAUACAGUAACAGAACACCACAGUUUGAUUGUAUGGGCAGCCUUUGAUGUCAACAACAACAGAUAUAAGAAGCAUUUUCUCAUCUCUUUUAAAAGUUGAUAAGCCUAUAUACUGCAUUUUGCUAUCCGCAACCAUAUCACAACAGAUCUAGAACCCAUUUUUGCGUUGCGACCUGGCAGUUGAGAACCACUGCUAUUAAAGUAUUCCAUUCUGUGCCUUUCUUGUGCACUUUCCAUUCAUUACAAUAGUCUCAUAUAAGCUAUUUAUUUGAGAAAAAACACAACUUCAUAUUGCUUAAAUAAUUUGUACAGAAGAAACUUGGCUAAAUCAUUAGGUGUAUUAAAUGAUUUUUUUGUUGUUCUGAAAAUGCAUAAAUCUGAGGAUUUUUUACGGUUGUAAAUAAACUUUACUGACAUGGUAUUUCGUAUAAAAUAGGCACAGAGUAAUGUAUGCAUUGUAUGUGUGUUACUUUGUAAUUAACAUUUUAAGUCAAUCACAAUAAAGACAAACAAGAAUUGUAUUAAAAAGUCCAAAUGUAUGUUUUUUCCUCCAUUGGACAUCCAUCUGUUAUACAGCUGAUUUAUACAUCUAUACAUUUAGUUCAUAUUCAUUAAACACAUAUUUUACACUUAAAAGCAUCUUUGAACAGGACAGUGAGUGCAAUAUUCUUUACAGUCCAAAUUAAAAACAACAUUCUCUUCAAAAAUAUACAUCUAAAUUGUUCUCAGAACAUUACUCCUACACUUUAAAGUGGUACAAAAAAAUCAGAUCACACCAGGAGAUAAAAUAGCUUUCAAACAUACAGUUUGGACCAAAUUAUUGGGCGAAUCUCACAAAACCUAUCAAGAACCUGUCUGCAUUUCAUCCCAAAAUUCAAAAGAAAGAAACUAGAAUUUUGAUUUCACUGAACAUAUUUAUUGCUGUAUUUCACUGUUUCAAAUAUCACAAUAAAGAGAAUCUAAUAAGAAUCACUAUUGAUAUUAAUGGGAAGUGAAAAAUAACUAAAACUGGUCAAAUGUCAUUAUGGUAAUGAGAAGUUGGGGAGAAAAGCGUGCUGGUAACACUUUACAAUAAGGUGGUGUUUGUUAACAUUGAUUAACUACUUUAGUUAACAUAAAAUAAUGAGAAUAUAAACAGCAUUUAAUAACCUUGGUCAUCGUUAAUUUGAACAUAUACAAAUCUAAAAUAUAAAAAUGUAAAUGUUAAGAUUAGUUAAUGCAUUAUUACUUAACAUGAACUAGCAAAAAACAAUUGUAUGUUCAUAAAUUAACAUUAACCAAGACUAAUAAAUGCUCUAAAAAAAUACUGUUCAUUGAUAGUUCAUGAUUCCUAAUGCAUUUACAAAUGUUAACAAACACAACAUUAUUGUAAAGUGUUGCAAUACAAGAAAUUGUUUUGGGAUGAAAUGUGACCUGGACAAGUUUUCAUGAGAUCCCCCAUUAUGAGGCACAUCAGCUCUAAAAGAACUAGAAGAGCACAGUUCUACAUGGUAGCCACUGAACCAGCAGAACAAACAGAAGAUGGCAUGGAGUUACACGCACACAUACCGCAGAAGUUCUAAAGCACUUAAAUAAGGGCCCUAUACGCAGAACUCAGGCUAAACCACACCACAGAACAGCAUGUCAACCCGAGGGGUCAUCAUGGCAACAGGCACAACUGAUGCGAAACUCACAAUUGUUCACAUUGCAACAAUCGACAUGACAGAGGGCGAAUCACUGAUAUGGUUGGAAUGGAGAUACCGUCCGUUUUCUGAUAGGAUCUGUCUUAAACUGCAUCACAAUGACAUUGUGACAUAAAGCUUCUUGGUCAAACAUUCAAACAUCUAUAGGUCUCUGGAAGAGGUUGGCAGAACUUGUUUCUUGGAGUGAUGCAAUAAGAUGAGGUAGAUGAGUUUAGACAUUUGCCCCAUGGGUUGCAGAUGCUGUGGCCUGCAUCCAGCAUGUUGCCAGGGAAACAGCCUCCUGAUAUUGCAUUCUGUAGGGGAGUGGAGCGUCCAACUGAUCAUACAUACAAAUCUAAGUCUAGCCUAAUUUCAAUCCAUACUGCUGGAUCACAGCUGACCAGUCACUGUACAGAAACUACUCAAGAUAUUAUUUACUAGCCUACUACUAUUACUACUAAUAUACUGUAUUAUAUUACAGUACUGUGCUCUCCUCUAGGGAGCUACUGUAUAUCUUUACAAUAAGACGACAUUAUAGCUUUACACGACUGUCUAAUAUGUCAGAUAAAACAGUAACCGAUUCACACAAAUCAAUGCUUCCAUCACAACUUGAUGAGUCAUGAUUGAAGCUACUCUUGGCUUAAAGGAUUAUGUAAACAAUGCCAAUCAAUAAAAAUAAGCAUUGAUACAACCAUUCAGACACACUGGCACCAUCAGUAUCUCUAAACAAUUACAAAUACUGCACUGGCUACAUGAUCUUAUGUGGAAUGUGGAGGAUAUUUAUGAAUUUGUGUCAACAAAUAUUGGAAUCUACAAACAUUCAUUCAUUGUGAAUUGCAAUAAAAUCCACAUCUAUUCUUUAAAUGUUUUCACAGUAUUUUUCAGUAUUAAAUCGAUCAUAAAUCUCGUCCUUUCAUGACUAUAUCCAGAGAAUUUUACAAAAAAGCUGUGAUGAUUUCACAUUGUUUGCUCACAACACUUCGACAGUUUUUAGGUUAUGUCAGCUAUAAAACUGACAAAUGUUAUUGUUCUCUAAUCAACCUACACAUUCAAAUGUGCUCUUAAUGAACAAGAACUCCAGCUCAAUACUUAUAUGUAUGUACAUAUAUACUGCAUUGUUUUGAUAUUUGUAAAAAGCUACUAGGAGCUGCCACUCUAAAUAAAUGUCAAGUGAGACAUUAACAAUAAUUAUUAUAAAGAUCAAAUGAGGAUUUGUGAGAUACAGUAUUUACUGCAAACUGAAAAGUCUGAAAAUGGUCUUGACUUGGUUUUUAUCCACAUAACACAGCUCCAGUUUUUGGCAUUUGUGAUGAGCACAAUCAAUUGAUUAAAUACUGUCUGCUCAAUCAUUUGUUAAAUUAUAAACCUGCAUCCAUUACAUUUCAGUGAUAAGACUACUUUAAGACAAAAGUUAAUACAAAAUUUAAAAUAAAACCCCAACAGAACCAUAACCCAACCAAAAAACAAACCCAAAAACAAACCCUAACAAAACAAAUGAAACAUCCUAACCAAACAAAAACCCUAAUAAAAUAAAUAAAACCCCUAACCAAACAAACAAAACAAACCUAACAUAACAAACAAAAAUCCUAACCAAAAAACUGAACAAAAACAAAAAAUUAAACCGUAAAAAAAAAAAAGAGAAAACACACACACACACACACACACACACACACACACACACACACACACACACACACACACACACACACACACACACACACACACAAAAACC